UUAGAUCCAGUGAGAGGAACUUGAAAGGGGGGUUGUGUAAUGUACCUUUUCCAAUCCCGGGCUGUAUAUGGAGAUUUGGGAUUCUUUAAACCGGCGCUACCUGGAUUUUAUUAAAAAGCGGGGAGCUCGGCGGGAGGAAAGCUGGCUUUUCCGGGGGCUGCGGGAGCCGGGCCGCGGGAGGGCGGAGGAGUUGGCGCGCCGAGCGCUCGGCCCGGGGAGCGGUUUUCAACCAAAAAAAGGAAAGGCGGGCAAAAAGUGUGAGGAGGCUGCGGGUGGCGGAGGGGCGCAGCGGCCGCGGGAUGGCGGGCAGCACGGGCGCGUAGCCGCGCCGGGAGCCGGGGCCGCCACCGGAGUCGCCGUCGCCAGAGUCCAGAGCCAGGAGCCCCGCUGCGCCAGACGCCGAGUGCGCCGCCUCGCGCAGCUCCGCCUGGCCGCCCGGAGGAGCCCCACCGCCCGCAGCCUGUGCGCUCCGGGCCGCGGGCCCGCCGCCCAGCGCAAGCCCCGCUGGCCGCCGCCGCCAUGCACGCCGCGGAGCGCCCGCCGCCCGAAGACUCUGGGACUACGCCGAGGCCGAACUUUUAGGUUCUGCUGAGCGAGGCCCGCGGGCCGGGUGGGGGGCUGGCCGUGGCACUCCCGCGGAGGAUGGAUGGCCGAGACUUCGGGCCUCCGCGGUCCGUGCACGGCCCCCCGCCGCCGCUGCUGUCCGGCUUGGCGAUGGACAGCCACCGCGUGGGCGCGGCCACGGCAGGACGCUUGCCCGCUUCGGGCUUGCCGGGCCCGCUGCCGCCCGGGAAGUACAUGGCCGGUCUCAAUCUCCACCCGCACCCGGGCGAGGCCUUCCUGGGCAGCUUCGUGGCCGGCGGGAUGGGGCCCUCGGCCUCGUCCCACGGGAGCCCGGUGCCCCUGCCCUCCGACCUCUCCUUCCGCUCCCCCACCCCGAGCAACCUGCCCAUGGUGCAGCUGUGGGCCACCCACGCCCAUGAAGGCUUCUCCCACCUGCCCAGUGGGCUGUACCCGUCCUACCUCCACCUGAACCACCUGGAGCCCCCCAGCAGCGGGAGCCCCCUCCUCAGCCAGCUGGGCCAGCCCAGCAUUUUCGAUACCCAGAAAGACGGCUUCUACCUGCCCGCCCCAGGGGCUCCGGGCGCCCUGCACUCCCAGGCGCCCUCCUCCAGGACUCCAGGCGGCCACUCCUCGGGCGCCCCCGCCAAAGGCUCCUCUCGGGAAGGCCCAGCCAAGGAGCGGGCAGGCCGCGGCGGGGAGCCGCCCCCGCUGUUCGGCAAGAAGGACCCGCGGGCCCGGGAGGAGGCCGCUGGGCCGCGCGGCGUGGUGGACCUGACCCAGGAGGCGCGGGCGGAGGGCCGCCAGGACCGCGGCGGGCACCUGCGCCUCGCAGAGCGCCUGUCGCCUUUCCUCGCCGAGCCGGGGCCGCCUCGGGCGCCGGGCGUGCCCACCGCCGACUCCAAGAGCAAGAACCCGCCGCUGCCGUCUGCUCACGGCCUCUGCAACGGUGCGGGGGACCCGGGGCUCCCCGCGCUGAUGGCGGAGGCGGCCCGCGGCGCCAAGGACGCGACGCGUCAGGACGAGAGCACGCGGCUGCGGCGCGCGGACGCACUGCUGCCGGGGCCCUGCCCCUGCCCCUCCCUGCCGCCUUUGCCCCCCGGGAAGGGCCCGCCCGCGCCCCCAGCCGGCUCCGCCGGCACCUUCGCUUCGCAGCCGGGCCCCGCCGGCGUCUACACCAUCUUCCCCGCGGCGGCCGCGCGCGAGCCGGGCCGCGAGCACCGCGUGGUGGCGCCCACCUUCGUGCCUUCCGUGGAGGCCUUCGACGAGCGCCCGGGACCCAUCCAGAUCGCGUCGCAGGCGCGGGACGCCCGGGCCCGGGAGCGCGAGGCGGCCAGGCCUGGCGUCCUACAGGCCCCGCCCGGGUCCCCGCGGCCGCCCCCGGACCGGCCCGAGGGGCUCCGCGAGAAGAACUCCGUGAUCCGCUCCCUCAAGCGGCCACCACCGGCCGAGGCCCCACCGACACGGGCCGCGCGCGCCUCCCCGGACCCCCGGGCCUACCUCCCCGCCAAGGAGCUGCUUAAGCCCGAGGCGGAGCCGCGUCCCUGCGAGCGCAACCCCCGCGGGCCCGCGGCCGCCCAGCAGGCUGCCAAGCUCUUCGGCCUGGAGCCCACGCGGCCACCACCGCCCGCGGGUCCCGAGCACAAGUGGAAACCUUUCGAACUGGGCAACUUCGCCACCACGCAGAUGGCGGUGCUGGCCGCACAGCACCACCACGCCAGCCGCGCGGAGGAGGAGGCCUCCGCUUCCAAGAAAGCGUACCUGGACCCUGGGGGCACGCUGCCCCGCGCCGCGGCCGCCUGCGCCAGGCCCAGCCCCGACCUGCACGCCGCCGCCCACGGCCCCGGCGAGGGCUCCGCCAUGCAGAGCCUCAUCAAGUACAGCGGCAGCUUCGCUCGCGAGGCUGGGCCGGUGCGCCCGGGCGGCUGCGGCAAGAAGAGCCCCUUCGGAGGCCUGGGCACCAUGAAGCCCGAGCCCGCCCCCACUGCCACGGGCGCCCCGCGCUCCCAGGCCCGCCUCCCGCACCCUGGGGGCCCUGCCCCUGCCGGGGGCCGGCAGCUGAAGCGGGACCCGGAAAGGCCCGAGAGCGCCAAGGCCUUCGGUCGCGAGGGCUCCGGGGCCCAGGGUGAGGCGGAGGUGCGGCACCCGCCCGUGGGCAUCGCGGUGGCCGUGGCCCGGCAGAAGGACAGCGGUGGCAGCGGCCGGCUGGGGGCGGGGCUGGCGGACCAGGAGCGCUCCCUGUCGCUGGGCAACGUCAAAGGGCACGGCCGGGCCGACGAGGACUGCGGGGACGAGCGGGCCCGGCACCGGGACGAGCGGCUGCUGGGGGCGCGGCUGGACCGGGACCAGGAGAAGCUGCUCAGAGAAAGCAAGGAGCUGGCUGACCUGGCCCGGCUGCACCCCGCCAGCUGUGCUGCCAACGGCCUGAACCCCAAUCUCAUGGUGACCGGGGGCCCGGCGCUGGCGGGCUCCGGGCGCUGGUCUGCCGACCCCGCGGCCCACCUGGCCACUCACCCCUGGCUGCCCCGCUCGGGCAGCGCGCCCAUGUGGCUCGCCGGGCACCCCUACGGCUUGGGUCCCCCCUCUCUGCACCAGGGUAUGGCGCCCGCCUUCCCGCCCAGCCUGGGGGGCUCCCUGCCGUCAGCCUACCAGUUUGUCAGGGACCCCCAGUCGGGCCAGCUGGUGGUCAUCCCCAGCGAUCACCUGCCUCACUUCGCGGAGCUGAUGGAGCGGGCCGCCGUGCCGCCGCUCUGGCCAGCCCUGUACCCGCCGGGCCGCAGCUCCCUGCACCACGCGCAGCAGCUGCAGCUCUUCUCCCAGCAGCACUUCCUGCGGCAGCAGGAGCUCCUGUACCUGCAGCAGCAGGCCGCGCAGGCCCUGGAGCUGCAGAGGAGCGCCCAGCUGGUGCAGGAGCGGCUGAAGGCCCAGGAGCAGCGGGCGGAGAUGGAGGAGAAAGUGAGCAAGCGGAGCCUGGAGACCCCGGGCAAGGCCAGCCUGGCCGCCGCGGGCCCCGGGCUGCUGCCUCGGAAGCCCCCCGGCCUGGCCACUGGCCCCGCGGGCACCUACGGCAAGGCCGUGAGCCCACCGCCGUCUCCCCGUGCUUCCCCCGUGCCUGCCCUGAAGGCCAAGGUCAUCCAGAAGCUGGAGGACGUGGCCAAGCCGCCGCCCGCCUACUCCUACCCCGCCACUCCCAGCUCGCACCCCACCAGCCCGCCGCCCGCCUCCCCGCCGCCCACGCCGGGCAUCGCCCGCAAGGAGGAGGCGCCCGAGAACGUGGUGGAGAAGAAGGACCUGGAGCUGGAGAAGGAGGCCACCAGCCCCUUCCAGGCCUUGUUCUCAGACAUCCCGCCCAGGUACCCGUUUCCGGCGCUGCCGCCGCACUAUGGGAGGCCCUACCCGUUCCUGCUGCAGCCCACGGCGGCCGCCGACGCCGACGGCCUGGCCCCCGACGUGCCGCUGCCGGCCGACGGGCCCGAGCGCCUGGCGCUCUCGCCUGAAGACAAGCCCCUCCGCCUGUCGCCCUCCAAGAUCCCCGAGCCGCUGCGGGAGGGCCCGGACGAGGCGCCGCUGGCGGAGCGGGAGGUGAAGGCCGAGGUGGAGGACCUGGACGAAGGCGCCGCGGAGCUGCCCGCCCUGGGGUCCCCGCUGGCGCUGCGCCCCGAGGAAGCCAUGGUGGCCCCGAGCCCCGAGGGCGGCUGCGGGGGCGGCCUGCCGGAGGUUCCGGUGCUGGGCGCCGGUGGCCAGGGGGACGAGGAGCCCUCCGGGUGCCUGGACUUCGCUGAGAGGGCGGAAGCGCCGGCGGACUCGCCGGGCCGGCUGGUGUCCUGCAUAGCUGCCCCGGACUCGGGGGGGCGGCUGAGCCCGGAGACGCUGGUGGAAGCUAAGGAGGAGCCCGUGGAAGUGCCCGUGGAGGUGCCUGCGGCCACGGCCGUGGCGGAGGCCGUGCCGGAGGAGGCCCUGGCGCCCGGGACGGCGAGUGAGCCCCGGCCCAGCCUGGAGCUGGGAGACUUGGACGUGGCCCCUGGAGAGGGCCUGGAGGCCCAGGAGGCCGGGCCCGCGCCCAGCAGCGCCUGCUUCCUGGAAGAGGAGGACUCCGACCGGCUCCCGCCCGGCCUGGAGGACCCGCUGGCCGGCAUGAACGCCCUGGCGGCGGCCGCGGAGCUGCCCCAGGCCAGGACUUUGCCCUCCCCGGGCGCCGGAGCCCAGGCCCUGGAGCCUCUGGAGGCCGCGCAGAGCCUGGCCCUGGAGCAGAGCUUCCUGCAGGGCAUCACCCUGCUGAGCGAGAUCGCCGAGCUGGAGCUGGAGAAGAGGAGCCAGGAGCUGGGAGGUGCCGAGCGGGGCGCGGCCGUGCGGCCCUCCCUGGAGAGCCUGCUGGCCGCCAGCAGCCACAUGCUGAAGGAGGUGCUGGACGGCCCCUUCGCCGACCCGCUCCGGAGCCUGCGGCUCCCGCGGGAGCUGAACCCCAACAAGAAGUACAGCUGGAUGCAGAAGAAGGAGGAGCGGAUGUUCGCCAUGAAGUCGUCGCUGGAGAACAUGGACGCCGUGGAGCUGGACUUCCGCAUGCGGCUGGCCGAGGUGCAGCGGCGCUACAAGGAGAAGCAGCGCGAGCUGCUGAAGCUGCAGAGGCGCCGCGAGUCCGAGGACAGGCGCGAGGACCCCCAUAGAAGCUUGGCACGCAGAGGCCCUGGCAGGCCGCGGAAACGGACCCACGCCCUGAGCGCCCUGUCGCCCCCCCGCAAGAGAGGGAAGAGCCGCAACAGUAGCGGAAAGCUGAGCAGCAAGCCCCUACUGCCGUCGGACGCCUACGAGCUGGGAGCGGGGAUGAGGAAGAGACACAAGGGGCCCGAGGAGGAGCACGGAGCCCCCGUGGGGACCGGGAAAGCUAGGGGGAGAAGCCAGCCCUGGGACGAGCAUGACGCCCCGACAGACUUCAUGAGUCAGCUCAAGAUUAAGAAGAAGAAGAUGGCCAGCGACCAGGAGCAGCUGGCGAGCAAGCUGGACAAGGCGCUGUCCCUCACCAAGCAGGACAAGCUGAAGUCCCCCUUCAAGUUCGCGGACAGUCCCGGGGGGAAGUCCAAGCCGGGCGGGGGCUGCGGCAGGUACCUGACGCCUUACGACAGCCUGCUGGGCAAGGACCGGAAGGCGCUGGCCAAAGGCCUCGGCCUGUCGCUGAAAGCCGCCCGAGACGGCAAACACAAGCGGGCCGCCAAAGCCAGGAGGAUGGAGGCGGGCUUCAAGGCCCGAGGCCCGCCCAAGCUGGCCCACUCCCCGUUCGCCUCGGAAGUGAGCAGCUACUCCUACAAUACGGACUCAGAGGAGGAGGAAGACUUCCUGAGGGACGAGUGGUCUGCCCAGGGCCCCUCCGGCUCCAGACGGACAUCCCCUGUCCUGUGUGGUGCGGCGGCCAAGAACAGCAAGCCGGCCGGAGGCCCCAAGCUGCCCAAGAGGGGCCUGGCGGCUGCCCGGACCCUGAAGCCCAAGCCGGCCGCGGGCAGGAAGCAGCCGUUCUGCUUGCUGCUUCCAGAGGUGGAGGCCCGCUCCUCCUUCAGCGACUCCUCGGAGGACUCCUUUGACCAAGAUGAAAGCUCCGAGGAGGAGGAGGAGGAGGAGGAGGACAAAUUGGAGCAAGAAGAGGACGAGGCCAUAGGCAGCUACCGGCUGGGGGCCCGGGAGCGGGACCUGUCGCCCGGCCUGGAGGAGAGCGGGCUGGGCCUGCUGGCCCGCUUCGCAGCCAGCGCCCUCCCCAGCCCCACGGUGGGGCCGUCCCUGUCGGUGGUGCAGCUGGAGGCCAAGCAGAAGGCCCGGAAGAAGGAGGAGCGGCAGAGCCUCAUGGGCACGGAGUUCGAGUACACCGACUCGGAGAGUGAGGUCAAGGUGCGGAAGCGGUCCCCUGCUGGGCUGCUGCGGCCCAAGAAGGGCCUGGGGGAGCCCGGCCCCUCCCUGGCCGCGCCCGUGCCCGGCGCCCGUGGGCCCGGCCCCACCAGCCCCGACAAGGCCAAGCUGGCCGCGGAGAAGGGGCGCAAGGCCCGCAGGCUGCGGGGCCCCAAGGAGCCGGGCUUCGAGGCGGGGCCCGAGGCCAGCGACGACGACCUGUGGACGCGGCGGCGCAGCGAGCGCAUCUUCCUGCACGACGCCUCCGCCGCCGCCCCCGCGCCCAGCAGCGCCGCGCCCGCCGCCGCCAAGCCCAGCCGCUGCGGCAAGGGCGGCCCCGUGAGCCCGCGCAAGGACGCCGGCCGCGCCAAGGACAGGAAGGACCCCAGGAAGAAGAAGAAGGGCAAGGAGGCCGGGUCGGCGGCCGCGCUGCCUCCGCCCCGCGCACCCGUGCUGCCCUCGGACGCCCGGGCCCCGCACGCCGGCUCCCCGGCCUCCGCCAAGAGGAGCAAGGCCAAGGGCAAGGGGAAGGAGGCGAAGAAGGAGAACCGGGGGAAGGGGGGCGCGGUGAGCAAGCUGAUGGAGAGCAUGGCGGCCGAGGAGGAUUUCGAACCCAACCAGGACUCGAGCUUCUCCGAGGACGAGCACCUGCCGCGCGGCGGGGCCGUGGAGCGGCCGCCGACUCCGGCCCCGCGCUCCUGCAUCAUCGACAAGGACGAGCUGAAGGACGGGCUGCGCGUGCUCAUCCCCAUGGACGACAAGCUCCUGUACGCCGGGCACGUGCAGACCGUGCACUCGCCGGACAUAUACCGAGUGGUCGUGGAGGGUGAGCGCGGGAACCGGCCCCACAUCUACUGCCUGGAGCAGCUGCUGCAGGAGGCGAUCAUCGACGUGAGACCGGCCUCGACGCGCUUCCUGCCGCAAGGGACCAGGAUCGCGGCCUACUGGAGCCAGCAGUACCGCUGCCUCUACCCGGGCACCGUGGUCCGAGGCUUACUGGGCCUGGAGGACGACGGGGACCUCAUCACCGUGGAGUUCGAUGAUGGAGACACGGGCAGGAUCCCCCUCUCCCACAUCCGCCUCCUGCCCCCCGACUACAAGAUCCAGUGUGCGGAGCCGUCCCCGGCCCUGCUGGUGCCGAGCGCCAAGCGCCGCAGCCGCAAGACCAGCAAGGACGCCGGGGAAGGCAAAGACGGGGGCGCCCCCGGGUCCGAGGAGCCCGGCGCCAAGGCGCGAGGGCGCGGGCGGAAGCCCAGCACCAAAGGCAAGGGCGAUAGAGCUGCCGUCCUGGAGGAGGGGGGCCCGACGGGCGAGGCGCCCAGCGCCCCGCUGGCCCUGGAGCCGAUCAGCGCCCCGGGGUCCAAGAAGAGCCCCCCGGAGCCCGCGGACAAGCGGGCUAAAGCCCCGAAGGCUCGCCCGGCGCCCCCUCAGCCCAGCCCAGCACCGUCCACCUUCACCAGCUGCCCGGCUCCCGAGCCCUUUGGGGAGCUGCCUGCCCCCGCAGCCGCCCUGGCACCCGCCCCCCUCGCCCCGGGGCCUGUCACCAUGCCCGCCACGCGCCCCAAGCCCAAGAAGGCCCGGGCUGCUGAGGACUUGGCCGGCAAGGGCGCCCGCAGGCCCGGGGAGGAGGCCGAGCUGCUCGUCAAGCUGGACCACGAGGGCGUCACGUCGCCCAAGAGCAAGAAGGCCAAGGAGGCCCUGCUGCUGCGUGAGGAGCCCGGGCCCGGCGGCUGGCCGGAGCCCAAGGGCCUGCUGGGGCUCGGCGGCGGCUACGGCCCCGCGGCGGCGGGCGGCAGUGAGCCCAAGGCGGGCCGGCCCAAGGCCGGGGACGGCGACCUGGCCCUGGAGCCCGGGGCCGGGCUGGCGUUCGAGGACUCGGGGAUCCCCAAGAGCCCGGACAAGGGCCAGGCGGAGCAGGACGGGCCCGAGGAGUCGGAGAGCAGCAGCAGCAGCAGCAGCAGCGACAGCGGCAGCGCCAGCAGCUCGGAGACGGAGGGCGAGGAGGAGGGCCGCGGCGGCGGCGGCGGGGGCCGGGCCUGCGCCGCCUCCAGCUCCAGGGCCUCCUCCUCCUCCUCCUCUUCGUCGUCCUCCUCCUCCUCCUCUUCCUCCUCGUCGUCGUCAUCCUCCUCCUCCUCAUCCUCCUCCUCUUCCUCCUCCUCUUCUUCCUCCUCCUCCUCUUCCUCCUCCUCAUCCUCCUCCUCUUCCUCCUCCUCUUCCUCCUCCUCCUCGUCUUCGUCCUCCACCACAGACGACUCCUCCUGCAGCUCGGACGACGAGGCAGCCCCCGGCCCACCCGCCGGCGCCUCGGCCCCGCCGGCCCUCCCCGGCAAGGCGCCCAAGCAGGCCGGCAAGGCGCGCGCCUCGGCCCACUCUCCCGGCAAGAAGGCGCCCCAGCCCCAGCCCCAGGCGCCCCCGCCGCAGCCCCCGCCGCCGCUGCAGCCCAAGGCCCAGGCCGGGGCCAAGAGCCGACCCAAAAAGAGAGAGGGCGUCCACCUGCCCACCACCAAGGAGCUGGCCAAGCGGCAGCGCCUGCCGUCCGUGGAGAACAGACCCAAGAUCGCCGCCUUCCUGCCCGCCCGGCAGCUCUGGAAGUGGUUCGGCAAGCCCACCCAGCGCCGCGGCAUGAAGGGCAAGGCCCGCAAGCUCUUCUACAAGGCCAUCGUGCGUGGCAAGGAGAUGAUCCGCAUCGGCGACUGCGCCGUGUUCCUGUCCGCCGGCCGCCCCAACCUGCCCUACAUCGGCCGCAUCCAGAGCAUGUGGGAGUCGUGGGGCAGCAACAUGGUGGUGCGGGUGAAAUGGUUCUACCACCCCGAGGAGACCAGCCCGGGCAAGCGCCUGCACGAGGGCCAGCACUGGGACCAGAAGUCCGGCCGCAGCCUCCCGGCAGCCCUGCGGGCCUCCAGCCAGAGGAAGGACUUCAUGGAGCGCGCGCUGUACCAGUCGUCGCACGUGGACGAGAACGACGUGCAGACGGUGUCGCACAAGUGCCUGGUGGUGGGCCUGGAGCAGUACGAGCAGAUGCUCAAGACCAAGAAGCACCAGGACAGCGAGGGCCUGUACUACCUCGCCGGCACCUACGAGCCCACCACGGGCAUGAUCUUCUCCACCGACGGCGUGCCGGUGCUCUGCUGAGCCCGGGCCGGCGGGCCCCCGCCCCCGCCGCGGCGCAGGGCCACCCGCGUCGGCGGUGCGCCUGCGAGUGUGGACACCCUGGCUCGCGAGUGUGCGCGUGUGUGCGCCUGUAUGCACACA